UAACAUAAAUAACCUAUUGAAUAAUGUGAAUCAGUGGCAAAUGCUUGCUUUUGAUUUUUUUUGGUAAAAAACAUAAAGUUUACAAGUCCUAAUCUUUUUUAUUAUAGCAUAUAUAUUGAGAUAAAAACAUAUUGAACUGAAACUUGGCUAUAGUAAUUAUAAUGGAAUACCAAAACUAUUCUUUAAUUCUGACCCCCACGGGUGAUAUCAUAAAAUUACCCAAAGAGAGGUUAACCACAGAAAUCUCAUCAAAAAAAAUUAAAACUACACAUGAUUCGACAAGUCCUUACACUUUUUUUAAAGAUAAUAAAAUGUAUUAUAUGGUUGAUGGUUCUUAUCCCCAAGAAGUAAAACUUGAGCUAGUUAAUAAUCGUUACCAGCUGGCAAAGUUAGAUUAUAUGCCAGAAUGUAAGAAUCCAGAAAAUGUUAUUAACGGUAUUAGUACUAAUUGCCUGGCUGAAAUAUUUAUGUAUUUACCAGCAUGUGAAAGACCAAAACUUGCAUUGGUUUGCAAAAAAUGGAAAAAUGUUCUUGAUGAUUCUUGGUAUAAAGUCAAAAAGCUUGAAUUAAUUCAUUGGCAACAUGAUGAGUAUCCAAAUUGUUUGGUUAAAUAUUCAACACGCGAAGAAAAAUUCUGUUUUAUAAAGUCACUGCUUAAUAAAUGUGGUCGUUAUUUAACAAAGUUAGAUUUGACAGCUUAUGGACGUUGUAACAUAGUGCCAGUUAUUAAUGAAUUGUGUCCAAACCUCGUAACACUUCGCUUGAGAUUCACCAACAUGAACCAAGCAAUAUUAGCCAAUUCAUUCACACGUCUAUCCAAACUGGAAUCAUUAACAAUUAUAUUUCAAAAUAUAAAGACUUUUAAGGUGUUUCCCACUGUUGCUUUAAUAAAUUCAUUGAGAAACGUUGCUAAUACAUUGACUGAUCUAAAUCUGUUGAAUUGGCUUGAUAACUUAAACAGCGUCCCUACUUUUACAGAAUUAAUCAAAGAUGUGAUUCGUGAAUUAAAGGCUCUGAAAAGAUUUGAAACUGCAGGUAUAGGAAUUUCAGCCGAUAUAUACAAUUAUCUGGCAGCCAAUGGAAUUAUAUGUUCAAAUCAUACCCCAUACCUUAAAAAAGCUCUUUCUUCAUCAGAACCAUUAAUAAAUAUCAAGUCAUUGAUGAUGUUGCAACGCCCAAUAACAGAUGAUACAUUGUAUACUAUUGCCAAUACUUUCAAGCACUUGGAAUUAUUACAUUUCAAUUGUGACGGGGUAACCGAUAAUGGUGUAGUAGCACUUUCAAAGAUGAAUAAUUUACAAAAUCUGUUUACUUAUGGCAGUUCUAAAAUCACUGAUUCUUCAGUCAAACUGCUAAAAAACCUGACAAGAUUAGGCUUACCAACCAGCAAUAAAAUAACUGAUGAUUCAGUCUUAACAGUUCUUAAAAAUUCCCCAAAGAUGCAAGUGGUCUCUGUUCAUCGAGCAAAUGUGACUGCUGAGUUAGUCAAAAAAGCAGCAGAAAUAUCAACAAGUCGAAAACAACGUCUCAUUUUCUGUAUUCCAUCAAUGCCAGAUGUACAACAAUAUGCUUCGCCAUAUUUUGAUUUGCGUAUAGAUCAAAUAAUAAACGGAAAAGUAACACCUGUACCUGUCGGUGCAAUUGCCCAUGCAGGUAGUGGGCUCACAACGAGUUCAGGGGCAAGCACAAAUCUCAUCAGCGGGUUUUCUGAUUCAGCAUUUGUUUCAAAAUUUAUUAUUUAGAUUUUGAAAUAUAACAUUGAAGACCAUUAAUUAAAUAUAAUAAUCAUAAAUUAAAUUAAAAAUUAUUCGUAUAACUCUAUGGUUCUAUAAAUUCAUGAUAAGCCUUAUCAAUUUUCAAAAAUUUAUAUUAUAUAAUAUGAUACUUUGAAAAUGAUUUGAAAAAAAAAAAAGAUAAUUAAAUAAUCAAUAAAUAGUUUUUGUAUUUAGAACAACUGUUUGCAAUUAAAAUAAUAGACCUAGAAAUAAUAUUGUACUCGAUAAAAUUUGACUUGAAAAUAAAAGUAAAUAAACAAUGAUAAAAACGUUAA